UAACAGCUAGCAGCGACCGCAGGUCUGAGGCAGCGGGACAGCGACUCGGUGUCAGCGGACCCUGAUAGCAUCCACUCGCUCCCAAGACCCCCUCCCCCCCACCCGGUCUCCAUCUGUGCCCUUUGGACCAUUCUCCGCUUUUAUCUGUCAGACUUUUGCCCCGUCUAUCCGCUCGCCUGUUAGCUGAUAUCGGCUAUAAAGCGGCUCCUCUCCGCGGAGCGGCGGACAGCAGCGGUAUGAGCCAUGGCGUCGGUCCGGGUGGCUGUGCGGGUCCGGCCCAUGAACAGGCGGGAGAAGGAUCUGACGGCAAAGUGCAUCAUCGAGAUGGAAGGAACCAAAACCUCCAUCACCAACCUGAAGAUCUCCGACGGCGUCCUCGGCGACUCGGUGAGGGAGCACACCAAAACCUUCACGUACGACUUCUCCUACGACUCGAUGGACUGUAAGAGCGCCACCUUCGUCUCUCAGGAAAAGGUUUUCAAAGAUUUGGGCUCCGACGUGCUGAAGGCGGCGUUCGAGGGCUACAACGCCUGCGUCUUCGCCUACGGUCAGACGGGCUCCGGGAAGUCCUACACCAUGAUGGGAGCGCCGGGCGACGCCGGCCUGAUCCCGAGGAUCUGUGAGGGUUUGUUCAGCCGGAUCUCGGAGGCCACUCGAUGGGACGAAGCUUCGUUUCGCACAGAAGUCAGUCCAGCCGACAUGUCGCAGGGCGGCGUGAACACCAACCUGAAGAAGAAGUCGGUGUUCGUUCCCUACAGAGACUCGGUGCUGACGUGGCUGCUGAAGGACAGCCUGGGCGGGAACUCCAAGACCAUCAUGAUCGCCACCAUUUCUCCCGCCGACGUAAAUUACGGCGAGACGCUCAGCACUCUGCGCUACGCCAACCGAGCCAAGAACAUCAUCAACAAGCCCACCAUCAACGAGGACGCCAACGUCAGGCUGAUACGAGAACUGCGGGCUGAAAUCGCCCGGCUCAAAGCUCUGUUGGUCCAGGGCAACCAGAUCGCUCUGCUGGACUCGCCCACCGCUCUGAGCAUGGAGGAGAAGCUGCACCAGAACGAAGCCCGGGUCUUGGAGCUGACCAAAGAGUGGACCAACAAGUGGAACGAGACUCAAAACAUCCUGAAGGAGGAGACGCUCGCUCUGAGGAAGGAGGGCAUCGGCGUGGUGCUGGACUCCGAGCUGCCUCACCUCAUCGGCAUCGAUGACGACCUCCUCAGCACCGGCAUCAUCCUCUACCAUUUAAAGGAGGGGCGGACCUACGUGGGCAGAGAGGACGCGUCCACGGAGCAGGACAUCAUCCUGCACGGUCUCGACCUGGAGAGCGAGCACUGCAUGUUUGAGAACCAGAACGGGACGGUGACGCUGGUGCCGCUCGCCGGAGCUCAGUGUUCGGUCAACGGAGUCCAGGUGACGGAGCCGUCGCAGCUCAACCAGGGUGAGGCCCGCCUCCUGCUCCCAGCUGCACAGCUCCAGGAGACGUACGAGUUCACGGCCAACGUGGCGCGGCAGGAGGAGAAGGUGAGGAGGAAGGAGAAGGAGAUCCUGGAGUCGAAGGAGAAGCAGCAGAGGGAGGCGAUGGAGCAGGCCGUGGCCCGGCUGGAGAGGAGGCACUCCGCCCUGAGGCGCAGCGUCUCCCUCGACCCCGACGCAGAGGAGCAGAGGAGCAAGAGCUCUGUCGCCAGGACGCCGAGGACGGGGGCGGAGCUGGACCAGCAGAGAGUGCAGCGCGAGAUCCAGAAGCUGCGGCAGCGAAUCAGCGAGGGCGACGACACCAGCCGGACGCACUCCAUCAGCGGCGACGAGCGGGCGGGUCACGGCGGCUCGCCCGCCAGUCACAUCCAGGGCCUGAACACGCUGCUGCCGCUGUCCGACGACAGGAUAAACGCCUACAUCGAAGAGGAAGUCCAGCGGCGGCUACGCAAGAUGAACCUCCUGAACGGCAGCAGCAUGGAUCUGUCUCUGUCCACAGAGUCGCUGCGAGAGGAGGAGGAGGAGGUUAGCGACUGUAGCUCUGUUAGAUUGACAGAUGAGGAGGAUGAAAAGCUCCCAAACAUUAAUCCGAGGAAGCUCAAGUAUCAGCACUUGGUGUCUCGUCCUCCCGGGACGAGCUGUGGCGGCCUCCAGGAGCCUGUUAAACUUAGCAUUCCUCGAUACGUUCUCCGCGGGCAGGGGAAGGACGAGCACUUUGAGUUCGAGGUGAAGAUCACUGUGAUGGACGAGACGUGGACGGUGUUCAGACGCUACAGCCGCUUCCGGGAAAUGCACAAGAGCCUGAAGUUAAAAUAUCCAGAGCUCGCCGCUCUCGAUUUCCCGCCAAAGAAGCUGUUUGGAAACCGGGAUGAGCGAAUGGUCGCCGAGCGGCGGAAUCACCUGGAGCGUUAUCUGAGGAACUUGUUCCGAGUGAUGCUGUCGUCCUCCAGCUCGCCCCUCCGAGCGGACGAAGACGGCCUUUUCCACCUGUCCAAACGAGACGUCUGCGACUUCUCCUCGUUCUUCAAGAAAGGCGUCUUCGAGUACAGUAGCCACGGCACCGGCUGACCGCCGCGCCGCAUCAGAGGGCGGCGGAAACCUCUGACAAACCAAAACAUAAACAGAACUGCUCGGUGCCUUUUUCCCGGCGCCUCAGCGGGUCGGGAGCGGGGAAAACGCGCAGGUCAGCUUUUCCUCUCCGGCUCCCUGCUGUCGUCAGACUCGACCAAUCAGCUGCUGCUCAGCACGAGUGUUUGUGGCACUCUGCACGAUGCGUGGUCUGUAUGUAACGCGCUCAGCUGCUCGCGCUCAGUGAGUCUGAGCGGUUUUAGAAUCACUUCAUUAAACCUUCACUCGUUUCAGAA